CAUCGUCAACCAGCCAGUAUUGGCCAGUGUUCGGUCGACACUCGGAGCGGUGUGUACCAUCGCUCAGAACGACUUAAAAAAAUAAUUUAAAAAAAAUCGCGUCGUUCCUUUGUGCUCUUAUUAUUUUUUACUUGAAGUAAAUAAAAGUGAUAUAACUUACCCAACUUUCUACUGAACUGGAUUAUUUAUUCCUGAAGCUACAAUGGCAACAUCCGUCCUGCAGCCAGAAGAUUGCCGUCGCGAGCAUGAGCCCAAACCUGACAUCGAUUCCCCCAGAUUGACUGAAGAUGAACGCAUGUAUAUCCUGGAAGGGAAGGAGAGGGAGACUGGGGAACUUCCACCAGAACUAAGGGAGAAAGCCAGAGUCGAACUGAGGGAGGAGCCAGCGCUUAGAGAACAGGCGUUAACGCAGAUGAGACACUUCAUUGAUAAACAUCCUGCUAUCAGGAAAUGCAGAACUGAUGCUCCUUUCCUUCUGCGUUUCUUACGCACGAAGAAGUAUUCGAUACCACAAGCCUGUUCUAUGUUGGAGCGGUAUCUGACCAUCCGUCAAAUGUAUCCCAAUUGGUUCCAAAAGCUCGAUCCGUUGGACCCUAAGGUUGCUGCUGUUAUUGACGCUGGAUACUUGGUUCCUUUGCCAAAAAGAGACGCCGAAGGAAGGAGAGUCGUAUUAUCUUGUAUGGGUCGUUUCGACCCUCACUUGUACGACAGCUGCGUGAUGGCGCGCGUGCAUUCAAUGAUAGUGGAACUGCUCCUGGACGAGCCGCGCUCGCAGCUGCUCGGCUACACGCACGUCAACGACGAAGCCGGCAUGCAAAUGCCGCACGUCAGCCUCUGGUCGCUCACUGACGUCCGUGUUAUGCUCAAUUGUAUACAAAAUUCUACUCCUAUGCGCCACAAAUGCACACAUUUUGUGAACAUCCCACAUUACGGAGUGAGAUUUUUCGAAUUCGCCGUCUCCUUGCUCAGUGACAAAUUGAAGGAUCGUGUUAUGUUCCAUCGUACAUCAGAAGAUCUAACAAAACACGUGGAUCCAUCGAUCUUGCCCAAAGAGUAUGGAGGUACCGUGCCUCUGAGAGACAUGGUAGAAGAACUCAAGAGGAAUCUUCUUAAACGUAGAGAAGAAUUACUUGCUUUGGACGAUAUGUCCGUCGAUUUGUACGCAUUGGAGAAAAAUGAUUUAACCCAAGACAUACAUUCGACCGCCGGUUCGUUCCGAAAAUUGGAACUCGAUUAAAUGUUUUCUUUUGUAUUUUUAAUGUGUUAUGUUUUGUAACACAUAACAGAGCAGAUGUGAUUUUUUUGUAUGUUCUAAGUGAAAUGCUCUUUAAUUUUAUAUAAAAAAAAAUUAAAUCCAAUAAAAAUUUGUUUUGUAAAACUAUAGAAUAUCUUAGCAUUAAUGGUUAGUUAUAAGCGUCUAUAUUAAUAAAAAAAUGUUUAGAUUUAAUUUUUAAACAAAAAACGUCCUAAUUUCAAAAGGCACGUAUGCAGAAUUUAUAAAUUAUAUUUCUCGAAACAUUCCUUAAUUUUACUUGGAGAUCUCAGGUUUAUUUUCAAUGCGUUUUGAUUGUUAACGGUUAUAAUCAAAGCUGAAAGACAAAAAAAUAUUUUAAUCAUCUGACAUGUGUCAAAACGCGGCAAUAAAACGUUCAGGAUUUUUGCCACCUAUCUACGUAAACAGGAUGUUAUUAGACUAGCCUAUUGCCAGUUUUAUGAAACAGUGGCAUAAUACCGUUCCAAUUCAGCAAGGUUAUGGUUAUAUAUUUUCAUUUUAAGAAAGAUAUCCGUGGUUUUCACCUGUUAGUUACUAGUUAGCUAAAGGCAGCCGUCGGUGGAGUCAUGUUACCAUUAAACCUGGUUAAAUUUUCCACUGACAGUGGGUUAUAAUAAUAAUUUUUCUUAGAAUAAUGUUAGGCGAUUAUCAAUUUGCCGACUUGACAACCUGACUGCUGCUUAUUUUGUAUCUGUAAUUUUGUCCCUUUAUUUUAUAUGAUAAGUUCUUCGCGAAUGGGUAAGAGAGCCGAAAACUUCUGUUUUAAAUAAUAAAUGUUUUUUAUUUAGA